UGUCGCCCCUACGGUUGCGCUUGACGGCAGCCGGCGUCGCGCAGGGCUUGUGAAGGACGGCGGCGGCCGGUCCGGUCCCGGGGCUGUCGGUGUCGCGACAUAUCGCGCAGCCAUGCCGUUCUGGGACCUGCAGCGCCAGCUGGGCAUCGACGUGGACCGCUGGCUGCUGCGGCAGAGCAUGCCGCAGCCGUACCGCAAGGCCGCGGCCUGUCACGCCUUCGAGCGGGAGUGGGUGGAGUGCGGGCACGGGCUGGGCCAGACCCGCGCCCGCCGCGAGUGCCAGCCCGAGUACGAGGAUUUCAUGGAGUGUAUGCACCGCACCAAGCUGGCUGCGCGGCUGAAAACCAUCCUGAAGCAGCGGGACAAGAUGAUCAAGGAGGGGAAGUACACGCCGCCUGAGCACCACCAGGGCAAAGAGGAGCCGCGGCCGUGACCGCGGGGGCCGGACCCUCCGUCAACCGCGAGGUGGAGAAAUCCGCCACGAAAACCCACGACACGAGCGGGUUACGCUGUAGCCGUGGGAUGGGGAGAGACGCCGCGUUGGGCAUCGCGUGGAUUAGUAAACGUCUCCUUCGGAACAGC